AUGCACAUAUUGGGUCAGAUUAUCAGAGAGAACACUGUCUAUGCUGCAUCUUAUAGAACAUUACGAGAAGUAGAACUGCAUGCGGAACAGCAUGCCCCACAGGAAGAGAGACCUAUGUUUGUUGUGAAUUUAGUCCUCAACACGGAUCUCACUGCUGAUAGGCGGAAAUAUAAUUUACCAACAGAUAAUAAAAAAGCUAUGGUCUUCAGCAAUACGGAUGGCGAGCCAUCCUUCCACAGAGAUUUCAAGGUUCACCCAAGAAACAAUGAAGUCCCUAUGAUCAGUCUGAACAUUCUUAGUCCCAAUCUCAACCCAAUGACAUAUGUACUGUACUUUCCAUAUGGAGAGCCAGGCUAG